GUUUUUUCUUGGGUUGUUUUAGGUUUUUUUUUUUUUAACGGGUUUUUAAAGGGUUUUUUUUAAGGUAUUUUUAGGGGUUUUUCUCCCCAUGGGAUCUGCCCCAUCCGCACAGAUUUGCCCCCUCCCAGCCCGCUACCUGCGCGGAUCCUGCCCGGGCCGCUCCGCGCCGCAGCCUUUGCCCGAUUCCUGCGCUUUUCCCCCAUUCCCGAGCCCCUUUUUCCGCCUCUUUUCCCCUUUCCCGGCUCCUCUCCGCCAAAACCUUGAGGGGCUUUUCCCCACCCCAAACCCUCCCAGGAGGGACGGGAAUUGAUUCGAUCCCCCCCAAAAUAAAGCCCAGAUCCCCAAAAAUCCGCAAAAUUCAGCAGCGCGACCCCUCCGCGCCCCGGCGCUUUUCGGGGGGGUUUCACUCGUUUGGGGCUCGGUUUUUAGGGGUUUUUGAUGAUUUUCCCCGCUCAGAAAGGAGAAAUCGCAGCCCGGGGCGAGGCUCGCCCACGCGGGGAUUCGGGGUUUGGGGUUUGGGGUUUGGGGUUUGGGAUUCCACCUGCCGGGAGAAAUCAGCCAAAAUCGGAGAGCUCUGGGCCCGAGAAAGCGGAUGAACGGAGCCAAAACACAGCAAAAAAAAAAAAAAAAACAGAAAACCCGCGGAGAGCAGCGCGGGGUCCCCGCCAGCGCUCCCGGCUUUCCAUAAAAAUCGGCGCAUCCCAGGAAAAUCUCGGGGCCGUAAAUCCCCCCCGCGCCCCUGCGCCGCUCUCAUUUCAUAAUUAAAAACCAGUGGGGGAGAUUUUCGCUUUUUAUGGCUUUUCUGGGGUCGGGGUUGCUCAGCGGAUUUUAAAUUUCGCUGCUUUUUUAAAAAAAAUUAUUUUUUAUUAUUUCUCUCACUGUCUCUCUCUCCAGGGGUGGCUCGGAAAUAAAAAUCAAUCUUAAUAUGCAGAGAAUAGGAAUUGGUUUGUCUGGUUCACGCUGUUCGGAGGAAAAAGGGGGAGAAAUCUGCAGAUUGUUAAUCCCGAGAAGGCGAAACUCGUCAUAAAUGAUGAGGAAAAUGCCCCAAACCAGCAAAACCAGCGACUCCCCGCGCUGUAAAGCCAGCAUUUCCAGCACCGAACAGAGCAGAAAAAUCAGAAAUUCAAGAAUUCACCCGUUUUAUUCUCCUUUGGGCCACAGCCCCCAGCCCCAGUUUGGGGGAAAAAAUCGCGAUUUUCGCCAUCGGAAUCAACUCCUGCCGCAGCAACCUCGCGUUCUCGGGGGAGAAACCAAAACCGGGGCGAAAACACCGAAAAUUCACAACCCCGAACCCCGCAACUGCGGCCGCACUGGGCGAGCUGCGCAGCGAGAACCCCAAUAUUCCGCGUUUCGCCUCAAUUCCGAGCCGCGCCUCCCCGGCUGCGGCCCCGUUCCCGUUUUUGGGGUGCCAAGACACAAAACCCACCGAGCCCGGCGGGAAAGGCCCCGAAAUUCCCCAUUUCCCGCUCCGGAAUUUCCAGAGCUCGCCCAUUCCUCUUUCCCCGCGAUUUCUGCUUCGUUUCUCUCCCAAAUUUUCCUUUUUUUCACCUUUUUUUUUUUUUUUUGGCAUUCAAAAGAUGGCACAACUUAUCCAACUUUCCCACCGCGUUUUUUGGGGGGAAAAAGGGGGAAAAUCACUUUUUUUUCCCUCUGCUCCUGCAGCUCAAACGCCUGAACCUCUCCAGCCCAAAUUCCUGAGGUUUUCCCGAGUUUUUAUUCCAGAGGAUUCCAUUCCCGAAUUCCCAACCCGAGCCCCACAGAGCAGCGGGAAAUCCGGAUUAAAGCGAGCAAAAAAAUGGGCAAAUUUAAAUUUAAUCCCCGGCUGGAGACGCCGGCAGCAGGAGGAGCUGAAAGAGCCCGAAUUCUGCUUUUUCCCCCCUUUUUCCCCUGCGAGUUUUGGGUUUUUUUGGGGGAUUAUCAGCAAAAGGGGGAGCGAGGGGCGCUCCCAAAAAUCAACCCCCCAAAAAUCAGCGCUCCCAAACACCCCCUCCUCAGCCAAGCCCCCCAAAAAUCCCCCAAAAAUCCCCCAAAUCGGCUUCCCAGCUCCGAAACGGAAUUUUUAAAAAAUGAGGGAUCCAAAAGCUGCCACGGGGGAGGGAGGAAAAGGGGAGGGAAUUUAAAUUUGGGGUUUUAAAAAUUAUUUAUAAUAAUUUCAUUUUUUUCUCUCGUAUUUUAAAGGCAUCACCCCGCGCUGGGGCUGUGCCAAUCAUCGCUGAUAAUUUGGGGUGGAAAAGCGCAAAAAGCGCUGCUUUUGUCCUCAUCAUCCCAGCAACAAAAGGGGGGAAGCCGGGGCCAAAAAAACAAAUAAAACGGGGCCAAAAAAACCAAAUGAAACGGGGCCAAAAAUCAAAUAUAAAGGGGCAAAAAAAUCAAAUAAAAAAGGGACAAAAACCAAAUUAAAAAAUAGGCAAAAAUCAAAGAAAAAAAGGAACCAAAAAAUCAAAUAAAAAGGGUAAAAAAUGAAAUAAAAAGGGGCAAAAAUCAAAUAAAAAGGGGCAAAAACCCCAGCGAGGAGCGCGCUGGGGGUCGCGCAGGUUUGGGCGGCCAUCCCCGUCGGGACGGGGAUUUUGGGGUGGGAUUUUGGGGUUUUUGUUUGAUUUUUUUUAGGGCGCCCGGCGGAGCUGCGGGUGCUGCCCUUGAUGAAGACGAACUGACGUAAUUAAGGCAGUUUCUUGUUGCCGAGCCUAAAGCCCAUCCCAACAACAUGAAACUACCUAAACCACAGAUCAGCUGCGCUGGCAUCCACGCGAUUUCUGUCAGAACGGGCGGAAAAGGGCAAAAACCCGGCCAGGGGAGGAGGAGGAGGAGGAGGAGGAGGAGGAGGAUGGGGGAAGCGGGGCUGGGAGGAAGGAGGGAAAAGAGGGGAAAAGGAGAAAAGCAGAGGAAGGAGGAAAUUCGCCCCUUUGUUGCUGGUCUCCCUUGGCCCCCCUGGCGCUCUCUGUGCCCGAGCCCCGCGGGGUGCGCGGGGUGCGCGGGGCUGCGCGGAUCGAGAGAAGCCGACGCGAGCGGCGGGGCCGGUCCGGCUGGAAAUGGAUUUGAUCGCUGCCGCCGCCGCCUCCCGGGGCCAUCGGCUCCCAGUCGGCUCCGAAACGCGGAAUUCGCGCUCCCCCCCGCGCAACCCGCGCGGAUCCGGCACAAACCCGCGGCCCGGCAGCGCCGAAGCCGCGCAGGAUCCGCGCCCCGCGCAACCCGCGCGGAUCCGGCACAAACCCGCGGCCCGGCAGCGCCGAAGCCGCGCAGGCUCCGCACCCCGCGCACACAGCGCGGAUCCAGCCCAAAGCCGCGGCCCGGGAGCCCCGAAGCCGCGCAGGCUCCGCGCCCCGCGCACACCGCGCCGCAAAUCCUGCGGAGGCUGCAGCUCCUCCAAAGCCCGCGGCUCGCCCCGACAUUGCCGCAAUCUCCGCCAUCCGCGCAGCCUCCGCGGCUCCUCCGCGAGGUUUCCGGGGAAGGGAGGGUUGGGGGCAGAGGAAAUGGGGGAAAAGCGGGAAUUCCCGCUGCCAGGCGCGCAAAACCCCGCAGGAAGCGCGCGGGGCUGCGGGAGAACCCGAGCGCGGAGGGAGCAGAAAUGCCCGCGAUCAUCCCAAUAAUAAUCGCAAUAAUAAUAAUAAUAACAACAUUAAUAAUAAAGCUGAAAUCCGCGCGGAGAGGGGAAUCUCCGCUCCUACCUUGCGGCCGCCAUCCCCAGUCCCGGCUGCAAUCCCAGGGCAGCUCCCCAAAAACAGCCCCGCGGAGGGAGGUGCGCAUCCCAAGGUCGCCGCGCCGGCUCUGCCUCCCUUCCCUCCCGCACCGUCACCUUUAA